GUGCCAUACACGAGACUUCCGGCAGCGUUCGGCCUUUUGUCAACUUCCUGCCCAGAAGAAGCUUGAAAGCAAGAAAAACAUGGGGAAGUUUAUGAAACCAGCUAAAGUUGUUCUUGUGCUUCAUGGUCGCUUUGCUGGCCGGAAGGCUGUAAUAGUAAAGAACCAUGAUGAGGGCACACAAGAUAAGCCAUACGGUCACUGUUUAGUUGCGGGUAUUGAUCGUUACCCUCGUCAGGUGACACGUCGAAUGGGCAAGAAAAAGAUCAAAGAUCGUUCAAAAAUGAAAUCAUUUUUGAAAGUGUACAACUACAAUCACCUCAUGCCAACCAGAUAUUCUGUGGACAUCAAUUUUGAGAAGUCUGUUGUCAACAAGGAUGCUUUCCGGGAUCCAGCACUCAAACGCAAGGCUCGUAGAGAUGUCAAGGCCAAGUUUGAGGAAAGGUACAAGACAGGAAAGAACAGAUGGUUCUUCCAGAAAUUGCGAUUUUAAUUCUGCAUGGUUGUUCAGAAAUAAAGAAAAAAAUUAUC